UAAUGCACUAAUAGCUUCUGCUUGAAGGAGAUUUCACCCGGUAACCGCGCCAAGAACAAAACUUCUGCCCUCUCAUUGGUGGAGAGGAGACCCUUGGUGGCGCGGAGGUAUUGUUGACAAGGGGGGCUGCCCUGUGGAAGCGUUCACCCUUAUUCAUAUGUAUACACGAUCACUUAGCGUGAUCUGAUAAUAGGGGGGAGGAUGGUCAAAGUUUAAUUCUUUGUUAGGCGAGUGGCAUUGUCGGGGACGGGUAUAUAAACAGCACCGGGGCCCGGCUCGAGACACACACGCGCGGCGGAGACGACAGGACACACCGGCGGCUCCCGACUGACAGUCAACGCGUGCCCGCUGCACUUCAGACCACGGAAGCAAAACCACUUUGUUACGCCAACGUUUUUCCGGUGAAAGAACCUCCACCAACGACAAGGCUUCACUCUCGGCUCGACGACUUUUUUGAUAAGCGUACCAAGCAGAGAUGUCGGACGGCGCCCUAUCCCCUCUCCCCCGCCCGGGAGACGACAUGGAGACCCACCCCGGCUCGCCCUACUCCUACUGCUCGGCGGACUUCCACUCGCCCAGCCCGCCUACCCUCUCGCCCUCUCCGAGCCUGGCCGAGGUCCGGUACACGGACUGCCUCCCGAGCACUCCCGAGUACCAGUCCGAGGAUGUCAUGGACACGGAGUCGGAGAAGAAAACCGGGCGUCAGCCGAGGGCGGCCCCCGCUCGCAAGACCGACAACAACAAAGCAGAGAAGACGACGGGCACCAAGCGCAAACGGUCCCACAAGUCGCGGCAGAAGCCCAAGAGCCAGGAGGCGGUGGUUCAGGUGAAGAAACAGCGGCGUCGCAAGGCCAACGACCGGGAGAGAAACCGCAUGCACAACCUGAACGGCGCGCUGGACCAGCUCCGCGAGGUCCUGCCGACGUUUCCCGACGACACGAAACUGACGAAAAUCGAGACGCUCCGCUUCGCGCACAACUACAUCUGGGCCCUGUCGGAAAUGCUGAAGGUAGCGGACGCGGGCGGAGACCCGUCCGCACAGAUCCAGGCCAUGCCGAACCUCUUCGCGCCGAGCAGCGGUCUCGAGAACAUGAACAUUCCCUGGGCGGGUGGGCCGUCCUGGAGGCCCGACGGACAAUGGAUCUCAGCCCCGCUCAGUGACCCUAGCACGACCCCGAACGGCUCAUUGUGUUCUGAACUCUCUGAAACCGACUCGUACAUGUACCCUUCACCAUAAAGGCAUUAUGGUAGAGAAAAGAACUCUCGUAACUAUAGCAAACCGUCAUUCCACAGUAACGUUCUUCACAAAGGGCGCCCAUGCCUCAGUGAUCAAGGUAAUUUCCCAUACAUAGAUGCUAGACAAGAUUGUACCUACCGCUCUCAUAUGUCGAUAUCUGAUUCAAGCUAAAACGUCCCUACAACUCAAACAACGAUAGCCAUCACAAAAUGCUGUUUUAGAACGAAUUCUUUGUAAAUUGAAUGACAGAAGACAAAUUGUAUGAAUUUUUGUAAGAAGAAUGUAUUUUGCUAAGAUUUUCAGGGAGAUAACGUAAGAGAAUUCUCGAAAUAUACUCUGUAAAUAAUACCGUAUCCCCCUAUAGCUUUCGUAAGAUCCUCUGUGAAAAAUCUAUUUCUUACCAAUGACCGCAUCAUGAUAGUAUAUAGGAGAUAGCUACAAGCGACCAAUGUUUUCUAGAUCUGGCGGGCUAGCCCGCUUUGUUACCAUGUCUUUCCAUGUAAAAAUCUAUCUGGUGAGAAAACUCCAGAAUAAAAUAUGAUUUUUAAUG